AUGUCCACCGAGGCCUAUGUGAGUGUGACUUCAAGAACAACUGCAGUUCCUCUCUUGAUACCUUUUAUUGUCAACUUCACCAUCACUAACCUGCGUUACACAGAGGACAUGGGAAACCUGGGCUCUGAGAUAUUCAAUGCCACUGAAAGGCACCUGCAACAAUUGCUGGGGCCCUUGUUCAGGAACAGCAUCGGUUCCCUCUAUGCUGGCUGCAGAUUGACCUUGCUCAGGGCUGAAAAGGAGGGAGCAAGCACGACAGUGGGUGCGAUCUGCACCCACUACGCAGAUCCCACAGGCUUCAGGCUGGACAGGGAACAGCUGUACUGGGAGCUAAGCCGGCAGACCCAUGGUGUCACUCGGCUGGACCCCUACACCCUGGACAGCAAUAGUCUCUUCAUCAGUGGUUAUAACCAUCGAUACUGGAUCCCCACCACCAGCACUCCGGUGACCUCCACAUUCUCUCCAGGACCCGCAGCAUCUCUGAGCCCCACCCCUAGCUCUACAGAUGUGGGCCCAGCCCCAGUGCCUUUCACCCUCAAUUUCACCAUCACCAACAUGCUCUACACCCCAGACAUGAGGCUCCCAGGCUCUGCGAAGUUCAACUCCACUGAGAGGGUUUUGAAUCACCUGCUUGGUCCUUUGUUCAAGAACACCAGCAUUGGCCCACUGUAUUCUGGCUGCCAACUGGCCCUGCUCAGGACUGAGAAAGAUGGGGCAUCAACUGGAGUGGACACCAUCUGCACGUACCAUCCUAACCCCAUAGGCCCUGGACUGGACAUAGAAGAGUUGUACCAAGAGCUGAGUCAGCUGACCCAUGGCGUCACCCUGCUGGACACCUACACCCUGGACAGAGACAGUCUCUAUGUCAAUGGUUAUAAUUAUCACAACUGGACACCUGCCACAAGCAGUGUGAGCCCUUCUCUGGUGUCCUUCACCCUCAACUUCACCAUCACCAGCCUGCGCUACACAGAGGGCAUGGGGAACCCGGGAUCUGAGAUAUUCAACAACAUGGAGAGAAUCUUGAAUCGCCUGCUCAAACCAUUGUUCCAGAACAGCAGUAUUGGGCCCUUCUAUUUUGGCUGCAGAUUGACCUUGCUCAGGCCUGAAAAAAAUGGAACAACCACUGGAAUUGAUACUGUCUGCACAUACCAUUCUGACUAUGUGGAUCCUAAGCUGGACAGAGAGCAGCUGUACUGGGAGAUGAGCCGUGGGACCCAUGGUGUUACCCAGCUGGGCUCCUUCACAUUGGACAAGGACAGCCUCUACAUCAAUGGUUAUACCCAUCAGACCUCAGCCUCCACCCCCAGUGCUACCGUGACCUCUACUCUCUUCCCAAGGACUUCGCUGGUACCAACCCACUUCUUCAGCUCCACAGCAGCUGUUUCUUUCCUGGUGCCAUUCACCCUCAACUUCACCAUCACCAACCUGCACUAUGAGGAGGACAUGCAGCACCCGGGCUCCAGGAAAUUCAACACCACAGAGAGGAUCCUGCAGGGUCUGCUCAAAUCUGUGUUCAAGAAUAGCAGUCUGAGAUUACUCUAUGCAGGCUGCAGACUAGCCUCGCUCAGGUGA